CAAAUCAAAAAAAUGUAGAGCUGAUUAGUUGUGUGAUUUUUAAAGAAAUAAUUUAUUUAAUUUCUCCAAAUUAUCAAUGCAUCAAACCACGCGCCUAUAUUAAACAGAGUUCGUUAAAUUAAUAUGGUUCCGAGAAUCUUUCGUGAAGGUAUCUGCAGUCCUAGCAAGUUCCGCAGACCAAAAUUCAACGUGAUAUACAGUAUUGAGAGGAGCACGAGCUCUAACCAGCCACCAGAUGGAGUAGAUAUGUGCAAGAAGUACCAAAGAACAAUUGACUAUACGCUUGGCUCUCAUCCCUACGACGACCCCAAUAAAUUAAGACCCACAGUAUACAUAGCACACACCACAGUAUUUGAUACGAGUAAGGAUGGUGAGAAAAAUACUGAAACGCUAUUAGAAAGUUUACAAAGAAAACUUGCAUUGCAGCAAAAAAUUAGACAAAAUUUAGAUGGUGAUGAAGCGCAAAAAAAUAAAGCAUCCGCUGAUGAUGAGGUCGCAGCAGAAACGGACAAGAAAGGAGACUAUUUUGCUAAAGAUGGUUCGCUGCAAACAGAUAAUGUUUGGCGAUUUGCAACCAUGAAUGAUAGCGAUGUAACUAAAGAUGAUAAAUUACUUCAAAAACCCGAACCUCUUCGUGAGAAUGACGAGAGUAGAGUUGUUGUUGAUCCACCUAAUUUACGUCCCGCGCAUACCCGCUACCGAUACGAGAUGGAAUCCGAAGCAGAGGCUUUUGACGAACUGGCAAAAAAAUAUUUGACAAUGGAAAGAGAUCUAAUUGACAAACGGCUCUUACAAGAUAUGGAGCGUCUGGGACUACCCAUUGACACAAGCGAAGCUAUGAGUCCCUCUAUCAACAUCAACGUUUCUUGCGAAAAGGAAGAUGUCUGUGAAGUGGUUGUACCGAAGCCAGAAGAGUCUCAACAGAAAGAGGCGACUGUUAACAAUCCACAGUACUACGAACAAAUAAGCUGGUGCAAUCUUUAUUUUAAAGAAAAUGUAUCGGAAAAUCCUAGCUCUGAAGAAGGUGUCACUGAAAACCACGAAAUUUUUGGGCCUAAUUAUUACGAUAUGCUACCAUUACAUUGUUUAUUAGAUUACAAUUCGUUCGAUAAAAGUAGCGAAAAUAAUAAGCCCAUCGAGAAAUUGGGAUUUGAAGAACAUGAUGAUAUGUUACCAUUUCAUCUAUUACAGUGCCAGGAUUUUAUCCAACUAGAUUUGAGAGUCAGUGAUAAUAAAGAUAUGAUUGAUUCCCCCAUUGAGAGUAUAAAUAUUGAUGAAAUUCAGCCAAUUCACUUUGUCCAUCAAGGAAAUUUGAUUAACGAGGUUGCUUCUGAUACGAACGCUAUUGAAGCACUGGAACAAUGUGAUUUUAAUACAUCCUUGGAAGAAUUAUACGAUUGUGAUACUAUAAGUAAACCAGUAGCUGACAUUUUUCACAGCUUAAUGUAUCAGGACAUGGACGUUACAAAAUUUGAUUAUACUUUUCCGCGUGAAUACGCAAAUGCUGAAUUCUCAUUGAGUAAUCAACAUAAAACCCCUGAAGUCCAAACGGUGAAAGAUACAUCACAGGAAUCUUUGACAAUUAUUCAAAUCGAAGACCAAACCAUGCCGAAAAAAGAAUUGAAGGAGGAGAAAGAAGAUAAAUUAAAGCCUCUGUCUCACCUGAAUCUGGCGAAGCCAAAGAUUGCAGAGCAGCAGAUAGAUGUACCUCAGAAAGUGCAAGAUAAAUUAAAGCCUUUGUCUCAUCUGAAUCUGGCGAAGCCAAAGGUUGCAGAGCAGCAGAUAGAUGCACCCCAGAAAGUGCAAAAAGCAACGAUUGACAAAAAAUCUGAUACAAUUGUACAAAUAAACCGUGAACCGAACCCCAAAACUGAAGUUGACCUAAGGAACUUUAUCAAUGCCAAAGUUAUGGAACAGGUUCGUGCAUAUACUCCAUCGGAAAAUACAGCACGGCCGCCAAAUGAAAGACUUGAUAGACUGGUACAAGUGAAUCCUCAAUCACUCCCAAAUCACGAAUUAAAGCCUUUGUCUCACGCAAAUUUAGUGGAACCUAAGUUUGCGGACCAGAAAAUUGAUAUUUUUCAGAACGUGCAAAAAGCAAUCAAUGACAAGAAACCGGACACAAUUGUACAAACAGAUCUUGAACCGAACCCCAAAACUGUGGCUGAACUAAGGAACUUUAUAAAUGCCAAAAUUAUGGAACAGGUUGGUGCACCUGCACAUACUGCUUCGGAUAACAUUACAAAACCCCGUGAAAAAUUUGAUAGAUUUGUACAAAUGAAUCCUCAAUCACCUCCAAAUAACGACGUCACAAAUAUAAUACAUGCCAAGGUACUGGAACAAGUCAGAGCACGACCACCUACUUUGAAACGAACAACAAAUUCGAUUAAAGGUAUCGAUUCAAUUGUUCAAAUGCAACCUCAAGCGGAGUUUGAAAUCAAACCGCAAAAAGUGGCCCAUAAUGAGCUUUUGCCGGAAACAAAAGUAAUGAAUGAUGACAAUGCAACUUGCCAAAAAACUCCAAACUUCGAAAAAGCUCAGAUUGCGUCAAAAACCAAAGAGGAGCAAAAUACUGAACAGCUUAACACAAAUACAGCUGUAAAAGCGGAAGAAACAAAACAACCGUCUCGAGAAAUAGGAACUAUAGUACAAAGUUGCGUGCAGACCGCGUCUAGCGAUGUUAAUGAUGCUGCAAAUAACCUCAGUCUAGAUUUGAAUCUUUCACUUUCGGAACUCCUAAGGCGCGUACGGGCGCGUAAUCGUAUGCAAUACCUGAACGAAAUAAAAGCACAAGUCGAAAAUAUGUCAAUAUUGAAUUCGGAGAAAAGGUGUCCCCCAAGCGACAGACCGCAAUGUCCACCUCCACCUGAAUGCACUAAGCCCUGCCCGCCGCCACCGAAACCCAAAUGCCCACCGGAGCCACCUAAAUGUCCCGAACCACCCAAGUGUCCACCAGAGCCGCCUAAAUGUCCGCCUCCUAAAGAUCCUCCUAAAUGUCCACCCGACCCACCUAAAUGUCCCCCGGAGCCACCCAAAUGCCCUCCAGAACCAAAAUGUCCUUGUCCUUGUCCACCACCACCGAAAUGUCCUCCUGAGCCGCCUAAAUGCCCAUGCCAAGCCGCUAAUGUUGAUGAUCCUGUAACCAUACCUCCUUACUUAACUCUUUUGGACACUGGCACUGGCUAUUUGAGAAUUGUAAUCGAAUUAAUAAAAAGAGGUAUUCUAGAAUCUAGAAAUAUGCUCUUCCCUGUCAAAAAAGAUCACCCAUUUGGAAUGAGAUCGUUAAAACUUAAUAGAAUAAAGGAUUUCGAGCCCUGGACGCCGGUUCCAUUGUGGCCCUUCCCCGUGCAACAGGAGAAGAGGAAGCUGCAGUGUCCGUACCACGGCUGCCCGUAUCCCAAGCCUGGCCCGGUUCGACCAAACUGCCCUGAGCUACCUUGCGCUAGUUUCCCUAAGCGCCUGAGUUUUUCGGAAACUGAUAUUAACUACCUUCUCAAGACAUACUAA